AUUUCAUAUUUAGAUUUUUAUCACCCAAAUUAUUUGGGUGAUAAAAUUUGAUCACUCAUUGCUUCCUUUUGAGGUAAGCAAAUCCUUGGUUCGAACCAAUGUUUGAUAUUAACAGGCCUGAAACCGGAGUUGGUUCCCCUUUGUCAGCUAGAUAAAUUGCUGUAUUAGCAAGAAUGUAUUUUUGUCUUCAUGACCCAGACAGAUGAAUCCUGUUCUCUGGGAACUGCUGUCCCAAGAUGUCACAUGCCAGACUUAGAUAACAUAUGUUACUCCCUUGCUGUAUUAUCUCAACUCCCAUGUCUGGAAGGAACGGUUUAGUUCCUUAUAUUACCUUAUAUGUCUAUAUAGCAACUGUUACGUAUUAACCACUAUAUAAACCUCACUUUGUGCAACCCUUCGGGGUUCAGACAUUUUGCUUGCUUUUGCAGUUUGAAUAAACUUUCCUACAAUGAAGAGCUUGGCCUAGUCUUGUCUUUCCUACAACAGUUACCCGGCGACCCAGAUUGGGACUGAGGUCAAGGUGAUAUUUCGCUGAGGGCCGGUCGACCCCUCGGCCCCACCGGAUGGUCGGUCCUGAACAUUCUCCAGGCGCCACGGGGACUUGGAUCUCCGGGAGACGGCAGCGACAGCCCUGUAGUACCGACGGUGCUACGAGUGAGCCCAAGAACCCUGCAGUGUAGGAAAGAAGUCUGAACAAUUCCUGGCCAGGAAACAGAAGAAUCCAAGUCGUGGAUACAUUGGACACGUGUUAAACCAGCUGCUGACCUUGGUUGGACGGUGACGGUUGAUCAGAAAAAGCCGACCAAGUUGACUUUUAGUCGAAAACAGCACCAGUGAGCUGCUCUGCUGAAGCCUUACUGGGAAUAGGUUUCUCUACGCACAGCAGUGAAGAGACCCCUGCUGAGUCACUCCGGAAGCUGGCUUUCUAUGCACAGGUGAAGAUGUGAACGGCGAUGGAGCUGCAAAUAGUUAUGCUUUUUCUUUUAGUAUAUGUAUCAAUUGUGUUAACUAAUCAUGUAUGUAUUACUAAUUUAGGUCAAUGGAGUGACCCUGAUGAACAACCCCGCGGGAUCUGGCAGUUGUGAUGGAACUCCGCCUUUCUCUUUCACCCCUGAAUGCUGGAAUGGUCUUUUGCCACAUCCGUGUCAAUAUCCACAAGCAUUUGAUAGGAUUGUUACGAUUGCCUGCCAGAACCGUGGUUACUCAAACCCAAAGGCCUGUCAAUAUGUGGCUUAUGCUUUUAGAAUAGGAAUAUGUAUUAAAGCUCCUUACAAAGGGGGGAGCCCUCCGGUUACUUUGGAAUGUGGUAAUCCCUUAUACUGGGGAUGGGAGCGGGUCACUACUAUAGCCCAGUUGAGACUCGGUUGGCAGGGGACUUGUGUUUUACAUUUGCAAUAGAUAGAAUUUGGGGUUACCUUGAGAGCCCCUAGGAAAGGUACCAAGAAAACUCAGAAACCUAGGGAAGUUGAACAUCUGAAGGGUAGAGGAAAGGAGGUUAGUCAAGAAAUAGAUAGGUGUGCUCCAUGUGUGACAAAAGCGAGAGUGGGAGACAAGCUUAUUAAUACAUUGAUAUAUCACACACAAGCUCCGAGAGGGUGUAUGUCUUUAGAUGCAACAUGUGUUCAUAAUCAUACUAUGUACAGUUUAUGCUUGCUUCAAAACAAAACCAUAUGUUAUAAUCCAGCUGUUCCCAUCCGCCUGAAUGUGACACUGUGGGCAGGCUUAGCCAAGGAAGGAACUCGUCAGGAUCCGGAAGGUGAAGGACGGUUAUAUUUGUUAAAUUAUACUCUUCAGUUGAAACAAGGGAAGCAACCCUUAUCUUUGAGUUUUGAUGCAUGUGUGGCCAUGAAUAAAGGAAAAGGAACACCGUGUGGAGAUCAGGUAUGGAUACACACAUACAUUCAUAAUCACAAAUAUUUGUGCCAAUCCAAUUUUAAUUGGGCAUAUGGGAAUCCCAAUCAAUGGCUCCCAUGUGCUGGCAGUACACAAUGUUCAGGUUGGAAAUGUGUGUGUGACUUCACUGGAGGAGGUUAUGCAGGUUGCAAACACAUUGAUUCAUUUAGAAGAGGAUCUAAUAAUAAAGUGGUAAUGGAGCUAGCUUGCACUCACCCACCAGUAGCAAGCUAUGGUUUUGGAAUUGAUGGAACAGGCAAAGAUCCACAGACGUAUCUGACGAUCAGAGUUGCACAAGUUUUUGAAGGAGAAGUGAGAUCAUUGGGAUGGUCUGUAUACAAUAAUUUGCAAAAAUUGCAUAAGCCUUUACCAAUCAGUACUAAGGCUAAUAAUCUGUUUAUAGAAUUGGCUGAGGAAGUGGCUAAGACGUUAAUGCUUAAGAGCUGUUUUGUGUGUGGAGGCACUAAUAUGGGAGAGCAAUGGCCUUGGGAGGCGAUGGAGGCCAAUCCAUCGGUUUACAACAACCUUUCCCGGGCUGGAAAUAUCACGAAAAGGGUGCAUCUGUCAGGUAUAGUCAGGACACUUACCACUAAUUUAGUGGGAAGAAAUUGUUUUGUCAGAGAAGGUUCAGAAGAUGUUGGGCAGUUGAUCUGUUUGGGGUCUUGGCUUGUUGGGUAUCAACAGUGGACGUCUCCUAGUAAUUUAUCUGCACCUGAUAAAUUUAACCUUACAUUCCUAAACUAUCUCACUGAUCUGUAACCUACCCAGGAAUGGAUAGCACCUAAAAAUAUGUUUUGGAUUUGUGGAAAAUUGGCCUAUGAAGAACUUCUGUAUAAUUAGUCAGGUUCCUGUGUUUUAGAAUGGAUUAAGCCGUCCUUUUUCCUCCUUCCUAUACAAUCUAGGCAAAUAUUAGUGGUUCCAUUGUAUGAACAGAUUGGUCACAGAGUAAGGAGGGAAAUCUCUACUGCUUUUUCGGAUUUCCCAUGUAAGGAGCUGUCUGCAUAUGAGAAGGUAGAUGAGGUAUGGACAAAUGAAAGAAUAGUCUGUACAUAUGGAAGAGCAACCUGGGCUGAAGAUGAUUCUUGGGGAUAUAGAACACCAAUUUAUAUGCUGAACUGGAUCAUUAGGCUCCAGGCAGUGUUGGAUUUGGCUGGGAUAAGAAUAGAUUUUAUUUUUUUAUUUAUUUUAUUUUAUUUUGAAUUUGUAUACCGCCCUUCUCCCUGAGGACUCAGGGCGGUGAACAGCCAAGUAAAAACAUCAAAUACAAAUAUUAAA